AAUACUCAUAGCUUGGCUGAAUCAUCUAAAGAAUAUCGAUGCGUGUAAAAUAUUUCGUUUAAUUUAUUUGUUAUUGCAACGUGAAGCGCAGCAGAGUCUACAGCUAUGACAGCUAAUAUAAUUAAACGCUAUAAAUUAGUUAUAUUGGGAGACACAACAGUGGGCAAGUCGGCUAUUAUAGCAAGUUACACCAAAGGAAAAUUUGUGGAGCAGCUCGAACCAACUUUAGUUGCUACCUAUGCUAGUCUAUGCUUUAAUGCUGCUACUAAAUUUGAAGCUUGGGAGCUGGCUGGGGAGCAGCGCUGGCAUGGCUUAGCCUCCAUUUACUAUGAGAACGCGCAAGCUGCUUUGAUAGUUUUUGAUAUUCAAGAUCCGCAAAGUUUUCUUAAUGCGCUAAAAUGGAUUAAAGAGCUUAAAAAGGUUUGUGCAAGCUGCAGCCAGCUAUAA